GUUAGUUUCACGCGAAAUUUCGCACAAGUCGGACGGAUUAAUUUUCGCGCUCUGAAAGUGGGUCACUAAAGUGGGAAAAAAAUGAAGAGUUUAGUGAUUGUUGCAAUUUUGCUGGUCAUUGGCCACAAUUUGUGCGAAGGCAAGAUUCAUGUGACGGUUUACUAUGAAUCCCUGUGCCCGGAUAGCAUCAGAUUCAUCUCCAAUCAACUCUACCCGAAUCUACAAGAUCCAGGACUCAAGGACUUUAUUGAUGUUCUCUUUGUGCCCUUCGGGAAGUCCAGUUCCAGCAGCAAUGGAGACACAGUGGAGUUUGUGUGCCAACAUGGCCCACGGGAAUGCGAGGGCAAUAGACUGCAAUCCUGUGUCCUCCACCAGAUACCAGAUCGCCCGGCUGAUCAACUCAACUUUGUGGCGUGCCAAAUGAACUUCCAGGCCGAGGGAACCGGACGAGUCUGUGCCAUUUCAUCCAAUGUGGACUGGCAGAGUGUCCAAUCAUGCUAUGGAAGCUCCCUGGGGACUGAAUUACAGCUCACGGCUGAACAGUUGACGAAUAAUGUACUUCCACAGACCAACUUUGUGCCCACCAUUGUUUUCAAUCACGCAUUUGAUAAAACUCUUCACCAGAGAGCACUCUCCGAAUUCAGGACUGUUGCCUGUGAAUUGCUCAAGUAUGAACCACAAGCGUGCCAUUGAGGAAUGAAUUUUAUAUAAUUUUAAUAAAAAGUAUUAAUUUGAAAACCGCCAAAAAA